AUGAAGUGCGGCCCGAUGCCUUUCUUGCUCGCCGCCCUGGUCGCCCGAGCUGUUGGGAGCGAGUGCGCGGCAGAUGGGACCUGUGGAGAGCCAGACGCAACAGGACUCCUGCAGGCCAACACGGGCAACAUUCAGGUGCAAGGCCUCCAGGAGCUGUCUCGCCGCGAGAUGACCAAAGUUGCGGCAAACUACACCUGUGAGGAGGCUUGCGGCAUGCUGGGGGGGUUGUGUCUCUCCGAUCCCUCCAGCCAGCCCUGCGCGCGGCGCCGGGCGGAAGGGGACCAGACGUGGGCCUGCUCCUGCGACAUCUCCCUCGGACUCCUCGACGCGGGACCCUACAAGCCAGAUCCGAGCGCGAAGCUCUCGGCAUCCCAUUUCCUUAUGACCCAUGAUUCGGCUACGGGCUACAUCGGGAAGAAGGACAUCAUCUUCAGCAAGUUCGCGCAGGCGCAGUUCGUGAACCUCAAGACGCAGCUGGACUGCGGGGCUCGGGCCUUUGACUUGCGGCUGGCGCAACACGAUGGCAAGAUCUACUUCCACCACGGAGAAACGCCGGUCUUCAACUGGUUGUCGCAACAGACACUGCCCGGAGAACUGCCAGGCUUGGUUGACUGGGUUGGUGAACACCCUGAUGAGCUGGUGAUCAUCAUGGUCGGGCACUGCGCGGACAAGGGCUUCAUCAAUUACGACUCCAAAGACUGCACUGACGAAGAGUUCGUCAAGCCUUUCACAGAUGCCGGGGUUGCGUUUGAGUCGGACUGCGCCAAGCUGCGCAACAUGACCCUUGCUGGGGCCAUGGCCGCCGGCGCGCUGAGCAACGGAGGGCACCUGAUGGCCAUCUAUGACGACUGCGUGGAGAGCAACUGGAAAAGCAGUGUAGACAGCAUCGAGAAGGUGAAGCCUUAUGUGGAGAAGACCAUGGAAAAGGAGCGCGGUUCUGGGGACCUCUUCAUGGUCCAGUCCUUCAUUCAGCAGAAGUUCCUGAUGAAGCAGAGCACUGAGCUGAACAAGGACAUCGCCUCGUGGAUCACCGGCUCCAACCUCUAUGAUGGCGUGAACUUCCUUGAGAUCAACACCAUCUGCGCCUCCGGCAUGGCGAUCUCCAGGUCUUUGGGCGCGACGAUCUCCCAGGCGGAUGCCGACACCUGCAUCCGGCGCUGCAAGACGGACUGCCCGGCCUGUGAGGUCUGA